ACAACGUGUAAUUGUUUUUUCUUGUUACUACCUCGCGCCAUGGCGAUAAAUAAAUUUCAUUUUUCUCCUAUUACAUGUAGUUAUCGUGCUUACGAGUGGUAUUGAAUUGUAAAAAGGGAUAGUCUUGUGAAUAUUGUUUUCGCUAAUGAAAAACGCAUCCGACACCGAUCUGUUUUCUUCCUCUAGUUGCGACACUAACAGUAAACGGGAGCAACGACUUGAGAGGAAGAAACAAAAAUUACUUGCAUUGGCAGAAGUAAUGCAACUGAACGCACGAGACGCAGAUAAAAUUUCUCUGAGUAACGAAAUCAUUCCGGAUCCGAAUAGUGCCAUACACAAGCACGAAAUUCCAGAGCCAGGAAAGAAGAAGCAAAAACUUUCCGAUAGCACCUAUUCGUCGUUGAAGGUAGAAGUAAAACAAUAUCGAGAUAGAAUGAGAAAUAUUCCUAAACUAAGACUCAAAGAAGUAGGCGAGGAAGCAUUGAUGAAAACUAAGGCGGAAGAUCGUGUUCCGUUGUUGUUAGAUGACAUUCAGGCCCUAUUGAUGCACACUUUGCUGCGUCAAGAUUCACCGAUGAAUCCCAGCCGAUGGGCGGUGUUGGAAAAAUCUACUAAAUUGACCCACAUCGCGGUUCUAGUGGUGGAAGGGCCUACGUCAGAAGAUUUCACUAAACAUGAACAAGAUUUCAAAGAGUGCAAAAAGAUUUUUCACAACAUACUGCAGGUCGUAGUACCGAGUGAUAAAUUGGUCGAGGAGCUAGCAUGUGUGCCGUUGAGCGAAACCCAUAAGGACAUUCUGUUGGCUGAAUAUGGUUCACUCGAGGCAGCAAUACUGGCUUGCAAAGACCACCUGUUGAUUAGAAAAAGUAUUUUCAACAAUAUUGAUCAAGAAAAUGAUGAGCAUACUGGAGGUGAGCAAGACUAUAGUAGUAUGGAUUUACCUCCUGGGGACAAGUUCCCGCGUACACAACUGCUGUUAUCACCCAUACAAAUGAUAAACGAGGAAUAUCCACUGCCACUAAUCGGAAGUUUGCAACAACGGUACACUGGUUAUAUGACUACCAAUGAUCAUUAUGCUCCAGUCACUCCGAGAUCACCUAUUUUUGGCCUGGACUGCGAAAUGUGUAAAACUAGUAUUGGAGCUUCGGAGCUAACACGCGUUUCGAUCAUCGACGAGCAGGGUAAUGAAUUCUACGAGACACUUGUUCGGCCAGAUAACAAGAUCGUCGAUUACCUGACUCAAUUCUCGGGUAUUACACCGGAAAUGUUGAAGAAUGUUUCAAAAACAUUGAACGAUGUGCAUAAGGACUUGAAAAAUAAAUUACCCCCCGAUGCAAUAUUAGUAGGUCAGUCGUUGAACUUUGAUUUGAACGCUUUAAAGCUUAUGCACCCGUAUGUGAUCGACACUAGUAUUCUGUUCAACGUAACCGGAACACAAGGAACAAAAUCGAAACUGAAAGUGCUGGCGAAAAAGUUCCUUCAGCGUGAUAUUCAGUGUUCCUCGAAAGGACACAAUUCAAUCGAAGAUUCAAUGGCUUCCCUUGAGCUUGUAAAGCUGAAGCUGGCUAAAAACAUUUAUUUCGGUGAUCAGUGGCUGCAGGAUCGGCGAAACUAUCACAAAAAAGUAAACAGAGGGGGAAUCGCCUCACCAGCGGAAGUGCAACGAAUUGGAGCGGACCCUAGCAUAACGGAAAUAACAGGUUCACUUUUUGGCCACGCUAGAAAAAGAAAUAAAAAAUCGGCCAUAGUAACUAACGCGAAUAAUUUGGAUAGUUUCGAGAACUAUUUCGGCGAUGCAGUCAAGUCAAAUACAGAGGUGAAGAAACUGUUGAGUUAUCAAAAAAUGGACAGCGACGAAGCAGUUAUAAAUCAUACAGCAGAAAAAUGUCUCAACUAUGAUUUCAACUUGGCUUGCAUUCAGUUAAAGAGGGAACAUUUGUUAGAUGAAAAUACGAAGCGUGUUAAGUUUGAGCAAAUUGAUGGCUGGAUUCGGAAGUUGUAUAAUUCCAUCUCUUUGAAUGGGAUGCUAGUUGUAUUACUUGCUGGAGGUGAGGUAAACCAAAGUAGUCGAAUGGCAGUCGCUAUGAUUCAAACUAAAAAAGGUUAAAAGAUUGUACCUAUUUCGUUACGUGAAAUAAAUUAAUGGAUUAUACGAUUAA